AGCUGUUUCCUCCGGAGGCUAAAACACAGGAAGUUUAACCGCUGCAGCGAUUCAGUAACUUUACUACAGUUUUUUAUCCUCCUGCUCCGCUGUGAGGAGUGUAGAGAGAGAGUUUAAGCUCAGUGUGAUUAUAAUCAGAGGAUCUCCGCGGUAAAAUGCUCUCUCUGGACUUUCUGGACGAUGUUCGGCGGAUGAAUAAGCGGCAGCUCUAUUAUCAGGUGCUGAACUUCGGGAUGAUCGUUUCUUCAGCUCUGAUGAUCUGGAAGGGGUUAAUGGUGGUCACUGGGAGUGAAAGUCCCAUUGUAGUGGUUCUCAGUGGGAGCAUGGAGCCUGCAUUUCACAGAGGAGACCUCCUCUUUCUCACCAACCAUGUGGAGGAGCCAAUAAGAGUGGGAGAAAUUGUGGUGUUCAAGAUUGAAGGAAGAGACAUCCCCAUUGUGCACAGAGUGCUCAAAAUCCACGAGAAAGAAAAUGGAGAUAUCAAGUUCCUGACGAAAGGUGAUAAUAACUCUGUGGAUGACCGAGGCCUGUACAAGCGGGGGCAGCACUGGCUGGAGAAGAAAGAUGUGGUGGGCAGAGCCAGAGGGUUUGUUCCUUACAUAGGAAUUGUUACAAUUCUAAUGAACGACUAUCCUAAAUUUAAGUACAUAGUACUAUGUAUGCUGGGACUUUUUGUUUUGCUACAAAGAGAGUGACACUCCUCAAACAAAAACGGAUUAAGAGAGGAACGGUGUGGAAACCCUGCUGUAGGCCAGUUUUUAAAGUUUGUUAAAUAUGCCUGUUAAAAUAAAGCAUAUUUAUUUGCUCAAUUUAAUGCUGGUAAAAUCUAUUUUAAUUAUGUCAUAAUUUACAAACCAGAGUGAAGAAAUAUAAGAAAAUAUAUAUUUUUGUAAUAUUUGUAUCAAUUAAGUCAUGCCAUACGAAACACAUUUCAGUGUUAAUUAUUUUUAUUCCUGGCUGAAUUUUGCAUGGAAUAAAUAAAAAAAUGAACCAAA